UUUGACACAGUUUGACACAAUGUUGAUGCGCUACGUUCGCCCGUCUCUCAUUGCGUCGCGUUUUUUCUCGGCCGCGGCGAAAAAAGCAGUACCAAUCGACAAGGCCGCUCCGGAAAGCGGCGGUGACGGUGGAGGUCGCCGAAAAACUGUGAACCGGAGGUUUUUUGACCUCGUGUAUUCGAAACGCAGCUCAGCGGUUACAGUACAGAAAUGGAAAGAGGAAGGCAGUACGAUCAGUAAGUUCGAGCUCAGUAGAGUCGUUCGAGAGCUUCGCAAGCUCAAGCGCUAUAAGCACGCCCUUGAGAUAUGUGAAUGGAUGAGAUUGCAGCCAGAUAUCAAGCUUCUACCAGGUGACUAUGCCAUCCAUUUGGACUUAAUUGCAAAAGUUCUCGGUUUAGAUAAUGCAGAGAAAUUCUUCGAAGAUCUUCCCAACAAGAUGAGAGAUCAAGCCACAUAUACUGCUCUUCUCCACACGUAUGUCCAGAACAAGUUAUCUGCCAAAGCCAAAGCUUUAUUGGAGAAGAUGACGGAAUGUGGCUUCGCAAAGUAUCCACUCCCAUACAACCACAUGCUCUCUUUAUACAUCUCUGAAGGGAAACUAGAAAAGGUUCCUGAAAUAGUGAAUGAACUAAAGAAAAAUGCUUCACCUGAUAUCUUUACUUAUAAUUUGUUGCUAUCUGUUUGCGCCUCCCAAAAUAACAUUGAAGGUGCAGGGAAAAUCUUUGUUGAGCUAAAGAAGGCGAAAAUCGAGCCCGACUGGAUAACAUAUAGUGCAUUGACCAAUCUGUAUAUCAGAGAAAAACUAUUUGAGAAGGCAACGUCUACUUUGAAGGAAAUGGAGAAGAAGGCAUCACGGAGAAAUCGAGUCGUUUAUCCCUCUCUUCUCAGUUUGUAUACCAACAUGGGGGAUAAAGACAAGGUUCAACGAAUCUGGAAGAAGAUGAAAUCGUGCUUCCGCAAAAUGAAUGAUGCGGAGUAUACAUGUAUGAUAUCGUCGCUUGCGAAACUCGGGGAAUUCGAAGAAGCUGAGAAGAUCUAUAAUGAAUGGGAGUCUGAUUCGGGAAGUGGCGAUCCUAGAGUUCCGAACACACUCCUCUCGGCUUACAUCAAUGGAAACCAGAUCGAAAUGGCUGAGAACUUUCAUCGGCGAAUGAUACAGAAGGAUAUUUCCCCGUGUUACACGACUUGGGAACUUCUUUCUUGGGGUUAUUUAAAGAAACAACAUAUGGGGAAGGUAUUAGAUUGUUUUAAGCAAGCUGUUGGGAGUGUGAAAAAAUGGAAUCCAAAUGAUAGAUUGGUCGAGGAAGUGUUGAAGAAACUUGAAGAACUUGGUGAUACUGAAGGGUUGGAGAAAUUGUUGGUGAUUCUUAGGAAUGCUGGGCAUGUGAGUACUGCGGUAUAUAAUUCACUUCUUCGAGGAUAUGCAAAAGCUGGUAAAACGCCACUUGUGGUUGCUGAACGAAUGCAGAAGGAUAAUGUGCCGAUGGACGAUGAAACACAUGAACUCAUCAAAUUAACAAGCAGAAUGGGAAUCAAUGAAGUUUUAGGCAGUUGUAGGGCAGAUUAAGGAAAAAAUGAAGAUUAUUUACUUUGCGAAUUAGCUAUUUUGUUGUGUUUUAGCGAUUGUAAUCAUGAUAACACAAUGUGAUCACAUAGUAUUUUAAA